AUGUCCAUCAACUUAGGAUUAUCACGAAUUACUAAGCUUCUUGAACAUGUUGGUAAUCCUCAUAGAAAUUUAAGAGUUAUUCAUAUUGCUGGUACGAAUGGUAAAGGUUCGGUUUGUUCUUAUUUAACUUCAAUUUUACAACAAAAGAGGUCAGUGGGGAAGUUCACCACUCCUCAUCUAUGUCAUAUUACUGAUUCAAUUACUAUUAAUAAUAUACCUAUUUCCUCUAAAUUAUAUAAUGACCUUCGGACAAGUUUAGAGUCAUUGAAUGUAAAAUAUCAGUUAGAAUGUACAGAAUUUGAAUUAUUAACGUGUACAGCAUUGAAAUACUUUAGUGAUACAAGAUGCUCAGUUUGUGUAAUAGAGGUAGGAUUGGGUGGUAGAUUAGAUGCAACUAAUGUAAUUCCAGGGGAUAAUAAGUUGGCCUGUGGGAUAACUAAAAUAGGAUUAGAUCAUGAAUCAAUUUUAGGUAAUACCCUUUCAAGUAUCGCUUCUGAGAAGGCAGGGAUCAUCACAAAGGGUCUCAAGUACGUGGUAAUCGAUGGAUCCAACAAUAAUGAGGUAAUCAAGGUUGUCAGAGAAAGAAGUGAAAAAAUUGGUUGUACGCUGAUAGUAACAAACCCAAAUAAGAAAAGCAAUUUCUUAACUACUAAAUCUUGGGGUGAAAUCGAAUUUGAUAAACUGCCCUUGAAUGGGGAAUAUCAAAUUUAUAACUUAGAUGUGGCUAUAUCAAUACUUGAUGCCCUUCACAAUUCUGAAGUUAUUUCUAUUAAUAGAGCUGAAUUGAAAAAAGGGCUAAGUUCAGUUACUUGGCCAGGUAGACUUCAAGAACUCGAAUUGAAUUACUCUAAUACCAGUAAAUAUACCAUUCCAAUAUUACUAGACGGUGCACAUAAUGGUGCAGCAGCUAUAGAACUUAAUAAAUAUAUAAGAGGAAAGUACGGAGAGAGACCAUUAUUAUUUAUGAUCGCAAUUACAAAGGGUAAGGAAAUCUCCACCAUAUUUAAAUCAUUGAUACGUCCUUGUGAUAAGGUGAUUGUUACGCAAUUUGAUAAAGUUGAAGGUAUGCCAUGGAUUAAAGCAACUGACCCUAACGAAUUGGCUGAUAUAAUCAGAAAAGGAUACACUCAAGAUGUCGUCCCAACAAAUUCGAUAGAAACAGCUGUAAACCUUUUAGCUAGUAUUCAUAAAGAGGAUGCUAGACCAACUGUAGUAUGUGGAUCGCUAUAUUUAUGUGGACAAUUACUAAACUUACAUAAUUCAAACACCAAAAAUAAUUGA